AUGGAUUCGACACCGGUCUCUGUCCUCGACGAGGACAAGUACCGGACGGAGGUCCUGCGCCUGGACUCGUCAGAAGCGGAACAAGCGCGGGCGCAACAGCUUUCGGACGAGGCACGGCAGUUGGGUCUGAACGUGCCGGAGAUCGAUGCUUCGGCACCGUUAGCCGCCUCGAUCGACUCUGGAAUGGUCGAUCUCUCCUCGCCCGUGCUGUCCUCGGGGUCUUCGACCGACCGAAAUUCCGCCUACGACGGAUCCAUUACCCCGUCCCACGAACCCUCCUCUCCCACCGCGCUCCCGCUCGACCAGGUCGUUUCGUCGCUGUCGGACAUAACACUCGCUUCAGCGCGCGCGAAGCCGGGCAGCACGCGCUCCCUCGCUUCUUUCUCUACUCGGCCUACUUCAUUCUGUUCAAGCGAGAGUCGGACGCUCCCCAGUGGGUAUGGAAGUCAUAACGAUGGCCUGGCGGCUAAUCCGAACCGGAUGUCAAUGCUCAGCGUUGCGUCUGCCGACCAGAAGGAAAGGCGGCGUAGCAGCUUGGUAAACGCCAUUGGGCGCAUCCAGUUUCGCAAGAAGCGUCCCUCGAGUGUGGUUAUCCCGCCCAAUGCUCAAAUUAGUGUCUCCAAGGGUGAGACGGGGCUCGAUCGAGCCUAUCUCGAGACCAAGCGAGAAUCCCCAACCAGCCACGAUGUAUACCAACGACCCGCCACUGCCGUCGAGUCUCUGCCCAAACUAGAGAUCCCUAUAUUCGACAAGGAAGCAAUGCAAAGAAGCGUGGAUGACCAGGAGCUUAACGAGAUGCUCGAUCGCCAUCGCGUGGAGCGUGACCGCCACAUCGCAUUCCAAGAAGCCGCUCUCAGUAUCCUCCGGCGCCGACACCAGACAGCCGUUUCCGAGCGUCAGUUCGAGAACAAGUGUCUGGAAAAGGAGAAAGAGGAAAAUAACACGGCGGCAGCUAUCCGAAUCGAAGAACGCCAACUUGCAGUCGAAGUCGAACAACAGCGAGAAUUUGACCGGGACAAGAUGAACUCGCGCACUCGCAUCAAGCACAUGGAGGGCUACCUCCGCAACGCAAGCCCCCCACAUUCUCCAGCCGGCGCAGCGCAGCGGUCUUCCGAGUCAUUCUCAGGAUCCGACUCAACGCCGCCGGCACGCCGCUUCACUCGGCAGCACAAAGAACAGCUGGAACAACAGUACCACGAUCACGAGUCUUUGGACGCUCUGCACGAGGCACGGAUCAAGGUUCUUCGGGAACGUCAAGAGCUCAAGCUGCAGGAAGCUAUCGAACGCAUGGAGCACGAGCUCGAAGAUCUAAUUGAACAGCAUGCAAAGAACGUCGAAGCGCUGCAGACCGAACACCGCAACGAAGAAAUCUCUUUGCUGCGGGCUAUGGACGCAAAGAAAAGAGAUCUGCGCCACCGCUGGCAUCUGGAAGAGGCCAUUUUGCGCCGCCAACUCGAGACCCGCAAUGGUCAACUAUACGGCCCACUGCCUCCGAUCCCAUUCAGUGGAUCUACUACAGAGACUCAAGGCUCGACCAUCGUCAUACCCGAGUCGUCCCCCCUCGGCGCUGGAGAUACGAAAUAA